UAACCAGCCAUUAGGGAGGUGAAAACAGAAGAUCAACAUUAUGAAAAUCAUUACAGCUGUGGUUAUUCUAGGCUGCCUGCUUGUUGUAGAGGUGAAAGGUCAGGCUAGAGCUCCAAAGGGCAGGUGUUUUUGUGCUGGCAAAGGUGUAAACAUGGUUUCUCCAAAACUGAUUGAGAAGGUUGAAAUCAUACCACCAAGUCACUCUUGUAAAACCCAGGAGAUUGUUGUUACUCUGAAAAAUAGUACAGAGCAGAAAUGCUUGAAUCCAGAAUCUAAAUUCACGCAGAAAUACAUCAUGAAGGCUGUUGAAAAGAGGAGCCUGCAGAAGAAAUAGCCUGAAAUAUGAAUCCAUAUGAGAAAUUGUUAAGUGAAGAACAUAUGAUAUUAGCAGCCUACAAUCAGUAGCCAACAUCCUUAUGACCAAUCUUGAACUGAAAUUUAUAUUGAAAUGUAAAUCUGAUAAAUAUGAUCACUAAUCACUGUUGUACACUGUUGCCUGAUUACAGAGUGUAAUAUUUACA